GAAGAAGAAGGAAUCCGGAAAAUGUAAGAUGGCGGAAUUUGAAAACAGCAACGAUGUGACACAGCCACUAAAUUCAGACGCAGAACCUCCAAAAUUAUCUGACUUGCUGGAUCGUGGAUGGAAGAUUUAUGAGGAGGUAGACCGUACAAACGAACCGCUUGGCUCUAGCAGUAUCCAGGUCCGAGUUAAACGCGGUUUGAGUAUGUUGGAGGAAGCGUCUACAAUGGUGGCUAAGCUCGACCUGUUCAGCCGCAAUGAAGAGCUGGAGGAGAUCGCCACGGCAGACCUCAAGUACCUGCUGCUGCCAGCUCUGUUAGGAGCCCUGACCAUGAAGCAGACCAGCCGAGACAAACGACUAGAGAUAGUCCAAACAGCCCGGGCUUACUUCAUGGAUUUUUUGAGGAGAUGUAAGGAAUAUAACAUAACGUCAUCACAGUUUGAACUGCCAAAGUCGACGAAUGUAAACACAAGCCUAGACGAAGAAUCAGAAAAUGGUAACUCUCAUGUUAUAGCGAAGCCCGUCCCCUGCUCGUCAGAUCUGGUUACCAUGGCAGCACAGAGACAAGCGAAGAUUGAGCGGUACCGUCAGAAGAAGGACCUGGAAGCCAGACUGUCAGAUGUACGGGGAGCCGUGGACAGCGGAGAGGCCGACGAUGAAGUCUGCAGAGACUUUUACCUUCUGAAUUUCCGGAGGUGGGUCACUCUGAGUCUGGAGGAAAUAGAGAGCAUCGACCAGGAGGUGGAGAUACUCAAGCAGAUGGGUGAUCUGAAGCAGGGGGCUGCCAAGCAUUCAGCUCAGCCAGUCAGGCCUCCCAUGAAACCCUUCAUCCUCACCAAGGACGCUGUACAGGCUCAGGUGUUCGGGGCUGGUUACCCCAGCCUUGCCACCAUGACAGUAGAUGACUGGUAUGAACAGCAGAGGAAACACGGAGUCCUGCCUGGCCAGGGGAUACCCAGGAAGGUCGCUGUGGAGGAGGACACUGACGCAAAGGAGAGGGAAGAGGAAGAAAAAGAGAAAAAGGCUGAAAAUGAUGAUGAGGAGUCUUUGCUGAAAGCCAGAAACUGGGAUGACUGGAAAGACACUCAUCGCAAAGGUUAUGGAAACCGCCAUAACAUGGGCUAACUGAUCCCAGCACAGUGUGUGCCCAAACGGACCCGGCUCGACUUCAUUACUAUUCUAAUCAGUCCAGGAAGUGGACGCUCUUCACAAUUCUGAUCCUUAAACCUGGUACAUGCAGGUAUAGCUACAGGUAGACACCAGAGCGGAUUUACUCAUGUUCCAUAUUCUGUUUUCACUCAUUUACAAAGUUGGUUCAGCAAUCCUCUGUGGUGGUGUGUUUUUAGAGUUUGGGGUGAAGGAAGCGCAGCUGCCAAGAUGCCAAGGUUUCUGUAUUGUAGUGUGUAUUCCCUAACACUGUCAAUACAAAAUAAAGAGACUGGUCAAAGCAUGUAA